UCAAAAAGAGAUCCUCUGUGAAUUGCAUUGGGCUGGUAGAGGCCAUCGUUUUACUGCGUGCUGCCUUCUCCCUUCUGCUCACUUUCGCUUCGCUUCAGCUCAGUCGCAGUCUAUGUCGAUGGCCAUGGCUCUCUCUGACUUGCGGCUGCUGCGUUCCCCCGUCCCAACUCUUGUUGAUUCCUCGCCCUGCUUUCGACUUCUUCGCUUGUUUCGGUACCAGUCGAUUGUGGCUGUGCCGGCCCUCGACGCCCAAGUCACCUCCACCACUGCCCAUUCCUCCCUUCAUCGCCAUUUCUCUCCUGCAGCCGCUGGGGUUGUUGAUGAUGCUUCUGACGAGCAGCAGCAGGGGGAGGCGCCGAGCAAACUCAGUUCCAGGGCCCUCGGAAUCCGCUCUUCCAUGAUCUCCAACCCUACAAGAAAGGUUCUUGACGGCCUCAAGCGAAAAGGAUAUGAGGUUUACCUCGUUGGAGGUUGCGUGCGGGAUCUUAUUUUGAGGAGAACCCCCAAGGACUUUGACAUCAUAACCUCCGCUCAAUUAAAAGAGGUCGUGAGAGCAUUCUCUUGGUGUGUCAUAGUUGGGAAACGGUUUCCCAUAUGUCAUGUGCACAUAGAUAACACCAUAGUAGAGGUGUCAAGUUUUACGAGCUGUGGGAAACGGUUCAGUAGGAGGCUGACUGAUGAUUAUGGAAGACCUCCUGACUAUGACGAAAAGGAUUAUCUACGUUGGAGGGAUUCUUUGCAGAGAGACUUUACCAUAAACGGCCUGUUCUUUGAUCCAUAUGCGAAUAUAAUAUAUGACUAUGUGAGAGGCAUGGAAGAUAUUAGAAAAGCUAAGGUUCAAACAGUGAUUCCAGCAGGUGAAUCAUUUGGAGAGGAUUGCGCCAGGAUUCUCCGUGCUAUAAGAAUUGCUGGCCGUUUGGGAUUUCGUAUUUCAAGGGAAACAGCUUAUUGCAUUAGAACUCUCUCUUCCAAAGUUCUAAGACUUGAUAAAGGAAGGCUCUUGAUGGAAUUAAACUACAUGCUAGCUUAUGGAUCUGCUGAAGCUUCUUUGAGGUUGCUGUGGAAAUAUGGAGUCCUGGACAUACUUUUACCAUUUCAGGCGGCAUAUUUUGUCCAAAGUGAGUUCAAGAGACGUGACAAGGGAUCUAACAUGCUACUGUCUCUAUUUUCCAAGCUGGAUGAACUUUUAGCCCCCAACAGGCCAUGCCAUAGUAUGUUAUGGGUCGGAAUUUUAGCAUUUCACAAAGCACUGUUCGAUAAGCCUAGGCAUCCUUUAGCGGUAGCUGCGUUCAGCCUUACCAUCAACAAUAGUGGAGAUAUAGUGGAAGCACUGCAGAUAUCAAGGACAAUCUCGACACCUCAUUGCCCCAGGUUCCAAGAAUUGCUACAAUUGCAGGAACAGUGGGAUAGUGAUCCAGAAGCACUGAGAGAUGAAGUUAUGAAUCUUGCAGCAUCCGUCAAGGAGGUGCUGUCCAACAUGACUGAUCAAUAUUUUGUUUCUCAGGCAUUGGCUGGGUACCCUGGAGCACCUUGUUCCAAUUUGGUAUUUAUUCAUCAGGACUUGUAUAUAAGGGCAUGUCGGAUGUUCCAGUGUGUGACAAGAGGUCCAGAGGAUGGGUUCACGGCAAAGCAAGGUGGGAUUAAUUAUGAGGAGUUGGCGCAGGGGAACCUGCAGGAUGUUCGACAUACUUUUGCAAGAGUUGUCUUUGACACCGUCUACCCUCUUGACCGGAGCUUAGUGAGAUAGUCUUAAUGUGUUGUACACUAGUAUGAAAUGGCAUUGCAAGGAGCAGAGAGAAGAGGCAGUCAUGCGAGUUAUUUUGUGUUAAGAUAGUUAAUUUGUGGUACCAAUGAAUUUUUUGAGUGUGUUGGUAAUAAUUCUACUAUGAAGUUGCAAUUAGAGUGUGACUUUCCAAGUGAAGGAAAUUGUGGGAAAACAAUUCCUUGCAAUUUGUGCUGUUGAUAACAUGUGAAAAGAUUGAAGGCGAGAAGGGAUACGUAUUCAACAA